AUGAUCAAGCGCAACAAGAUCAAGCGCGCUCUGGCCGAGCAGGAAAUUCUAGCCACCAGCAACCACCCAUUCAUCGUCACACUGUAUCACUCUUUCCAGUCAGAAGACCAUUUAUACCUCUGUAUGGAGUAUUGCAGCGGAGGCGAGUUCUUCAGAGCUCUUCAGACUCGUCCAAACAAGUGUGUUGACGAAGACGCCGCUCGCUUUUAUGCCGCAGAGGUCACGGCUGCUCUCGAGUAUCUACAUCUCAUGGGCUUCAUCUACAGAGAUCUCAAGCCUGAAAGUAUGACAACCUCCCAAGUCACUCCUUGA